AUGGCUCCUGUAUCCGAAACCCCUCAAACCGUUGACUGGAUGGGUAAAACUGUUCCUGUUUGGUCAAUGAAAACCCUUGAUUAUGGUCUCUUGCUCUCUCAUGAGCCCUCUGAGAUCGACAAACUCGUUAAUGCCUGUAUCGAUGAGGGUUAUUUUUACCUCGAUCUCCGCGGUAUCGAUGGCCGCCGCAUGCUUUCUGACCACCAAGACACUCUCAAGUUGAUGAAGAGAUUCUUCGAUAAGCCAUUAGAAGUCAAGAACGAAUUUGGCCUAAUCUCGUCCCACUUAGGAUACGAGCCUGUCGGGAGCCGAACGGGCGUGGCAGCUGGCACCAAGGAUGGAUAUGAAAUGCUCAAGGUGUCGCGAGAUGAGAUCCAGCGAGACAGCCCUAAGAUUCCCGCUAUUGCCAAGGAGAGUGGGGAGCUUCAAAUCCUCGAGAAUGCAAUCGGCAGCUGCAACACAAUCACAAAGGUUCUUCUCUCUGCGCUGUCCGACGGCCUUCAUCUGAGUGGAGGCGGAAGAUUUGAAAAUCAACAUAAGAACGAACGUCCCUCAACUACGACGCUAUCGAUGAUGCACUACUUGCCUUCAGAGCUGUCUGGUCCAAACAACAUCGGCCACCAGAAGCAUACCGAUAUCAGCACCUUGACACUUUUAUUUAGCGAGCAAUGGGGCCUCCAAGUCCGCCCACCCGGCGAGUGCGGUGCACUUGAAAUGGGAUUCGUUGCCCCCAAGCCAGGAUGUGCCUUUGUCCACGUAGGCGACUCCCUCCGCUUUGCCAGUGGCAUGAAGUUCCAAAGUUGCAUCCAUCGCGUUGUUCCGUUUGAUCCGACCGAACACCGCUACUCAGUCGCAUACUUUUUGCGAGCCGAGGAUGACACCAUGUUUGUUGACUCGGAAGGCCGUGCUAUCACUGCUGGUCAAUGGCAUGACGAGAAGUUCAAGGCGUUUACAGACCCUGAGCUAUGGCAGGCUAUGGCGCCGAAAUCAAUGAUCUUAGGUGGUAUGAAGGAGGACGGUGAAGAUGAGAACGUUGCACCGUUGUUUAAACAGGCUCUUGUACCAGAGCCUGUGCUGAGCAACGCUUGA